AUGUUGAGUUGCUUCUUCCUCCUGAAGGCACUUCUUGCUCUUGGGUCCCUAAUGUUCUGGGUGACUGCAGGCGAGCACGUGAAAGAAGGAGAAUGCCCUCCUGACAAGAACCCGUGCAAAGAUCUGUGCCAGGGGGACGAAUCGUGCCCGGCGGGGCAGAAGUGCUGCAGCACGGGCUGCGGGCGGGUCUGCCGAGGCCUGCCUAAGGGGAGGAAAGGAGAUUGUCCCAGGGUUGUUCGGAAACAAUCCUGUUUUAAAAGGUGCGUCACUGAUGAGAUGUGUCCAGGUGUAAAGAAAUGCUGCAGGUUUGGCUGCAACAGAAGCUGUGUCGUCCCGAUCCCUAAACAGAAGCUGGCAAGGUUUGAAGGUGAAUGUCCAGCUGACCCCCUUCCAUGUGAGGAACUGUGUGAUGGGGACGAGUCCUGUCCCCAGGGGCAUAAAUGCUGCAGCACUGGCUGUGGCCACAUCUGCCGUGGAGACCUUAAGGGAGGGCAGGGUGGCGAUUGUCCGAACAUUUUGGUGGGCCUGUGCAUUGUCAGCUGCAUGAUGGAUGAGAACUGUCAAGCCGGGGCGAAGUGCUGCAAGUCAGGCUGUGGCCGCUUCUGUGUCCCACCAGUUCUGCCUCCCCAACUGGCCAUGAAUCCCAACUGGACCAUCAGGUCUGACUCUGAAUUAGAGACCCCGGUGCCCUAGCUGUCCUGAUUUGUCCUGAGCUGCUCUGGUGA